CAACGCUUUGACACACAAAAAAAAGCGACGACGUGUAAUUGAGUUGAAAAGAUUCAAAAUGUUGAAAAGGUUGAUAGAAGAGCGACUAAUGGCGGCGGCUGAUGAAAUAUUCGCGCUGUUCGAAAGAACGAUGGCGUCGUACGAGGAGCAGCUUUCUCGAACUGGAGAGGAGAAGGAGCGAUAUCGACGACAACUGGAAGCUGUUGCUAGCAAGACUGGAAUUCUCCUACAAACUCCAGACAUCCAGCAGUUAAUUGGUCAUCAGGAAGAGCGUCUCCCUCAACUAACAGAAGGGAGCUCCACUUUGAAGGAGGAAGAGCCACCGUCCUCCCACAUAAAAGAGGAAUUGGAGGAACUCCAUGUAACUCAGGAGGGAGUGUGCCUUCUAGGUCCGGAGGAGGCUCACCUUACGGAUGUUUCUGUAAAGACCGAAAACGAUGAAGAGCAACCACAAGCAAACAACCUCUUAGCUCCACUAUCAGAUAGUGAUGACAUAACGUCACACUCUCCUGAAGAUGACGACCGAUUCGACGCCCAAGAGCCUUUGAGCAGCGAUACAGACUGUGAAGGUGAUAUGAGGACUCACACUGGCAACAAACAUUCUGAAAAGUCCAAAAAAAAGCAGAGUAAAAAUCGGUUUGCUUGCUCAUUUUGUGCUAAAGGUUUUUUUUAUAGGAGCUAUUUGGCUCGACAUAUGAGAACGCACACAGGAGAAAAACCCUUUAAAUGUUCGAUUUGUGAGAAAAGAUUCUCUCACAACGUCUCUGUGGUAUCACACAUGAGAACACACACGGGAGAAAAACCCUUUACAUGUUCCGUUUGCCAUAAAACAUUCUCUCUUCAGAUACACAUGUCGACACACAUGAGAAUACACACACGGGAAAAACCUUAUAAAUGCUCAGUUUGUGACAAAAGAUUCACUCAAAGGCCACACAUGCUAUCACACAUGAGAAAACACACAGGAGAAAAACCUUUCAGCUGCUCGGUUUGUGAUAGACGAUUCACUCAAAAGGCACAUAUGCUAGCACACAUGAGAAAACACACAGGAGAAAAACCUUUCAGUUGCUCCAAUUGUGUUAAAAGGUUUUCUCGCAAAAGUGAUUUCACUCGACACAUGAGAACACACACGGGAGAAAAACCCUUCAGUUGUUCAGUGUGCGAUAAAAGAUUUACCCAGAAAGAAACAGUGGACUCGCACAUGAGAACACACACAGGAGAAAAACCCUUUAAGUGUUCAAUCUGCGAUAAAAGGUUCACUAACAAUGCGUCGCUCUUGUCGCACAUGAGAACGCACACUGGAGAGAAACCCUUCAGGUGUUCCGUUUGUCAUAAGACGUUCUCACACAGCGGAACGAUGGUAUCGCACAUGAGAACACACACAGGUGAAAAGCCUUUUAGGUGUUCAGUUUGUGGUAGAGGAUUUGCUCAAAAGUCGAACAUGGCAUCGCACAUGAAAACACACGCAGGAGAAAAAGCCUUUCGGUGUUCACAUUGCACGAAAACAUUCACUCUGCACGAAACCUUGAUGUUACACAUGCGGACACACAAUGUAGAGUAAACGUCAUGUUGAGUUUCUGCAAAAA